CUCUCAACUUUUCACAAAUAAAACGUGUAAAAGUGAUCAGCAACUAUGCCUGGUUUAACAGUAAAAGAUGUCGAUCAAGACAAAAUUGUCCAAGGAGUAGCUUUGUUCCUUAAGAAAUCUGGUAAACUGAAGGUUCCAGACAAUAUGGAUGUCGUCAAGACCUCAAAAGCAAAGGAUUUAGGUCCAACACACGCUGAUUGGUUCUAUGUUAGAUGUGCAAGUAUUUUAAGACGUAUGUAUCAUCGUGGAACUAUUGGUGUUGGUGGUGUUAAGAAAAUCUACGGAACUAGACAACGCGAUGGUGUAUGUCCUUCCCAUUGGUGCCGUGCUGAUGGAGCUGUUGCUCGUCGUGCACUUCAAGCACUCGAACACAUCAAGCUAGUUGAGAAACAUGCUGAUGGUGGUCGCAAAUUGACAGCUCAAGGACAACGGGAUUUAGACAGAAUUGCAACACAAAUUGUCGCAUCCAAUCGAUCAGCUGCCAAGAAGGAAAUCCUUCAUAUUGCUGAUGAAUAAAUGAGUUUAUGAUUCUCUUCAUAUACAUCCGAAGGUCAUUUUACAUUCUACUAUGUAAGCAAGAAGUUAUUGUGGAAUAAAAUUACGAAAAUCCAAAAAAAACUAGUUCAUGUCAGUUAA